AUGCCAGGCUUGAGUCGUGAAUUAGUAGAACAUCAAUUGCCAUUGAAAGCCAAUGUUAAACCUGUCAAGCAGCCACCAAGGAGAUUUGCUCCUGAAGUCGUGCAGAAGAUUAAAGAAGAGAUUGAAAGACUUCUUAAGGCUAAGUUUAUAAGAACAGCAAGGUAUGUCAACUGGAUUUCUAAUAUUGUUCCUGUCAUGAAAAAGAAUGGAAAAUUAAGGGUUUGCAUUGAUUUUAGAGAUUUAAAUUCUGCAACACCAAAAGAUGAAUAUCCAAUGCUUAUAGUUGAUAUGUUGAUAGAUUCUACCGCUGGUCAUGAAAUGUUAAGUUUUAUGGAUGGAUAUUCAGGUUAUAAUCAAAUAUACAUAGCUGAGAAAGAUGUGUCAAAGACUGCAUUUAGGUGUCCAGGGAAUUUUCUUGGUUUCUUAGUGCAGAAAAAAAGGAUUGAAAUUGACAAAAAUAAGGCAAAGGCUAUCUUAGAGGCUCCUCCUCCAACUAACAAAAAGCAACUGCAAGCAUUUUUAGGGAAGGUCAAUUACCUCAUAAGACUAAGAAAAUGGAUGCUGGCCUUAACAGAAUUUUCUUUACAUUUUGUUCCUGCAAGAGCCGUUAAGGGUCAAGUUCUAGCUGAUUUCCUGGUUGAUCAUCCUUGUAUUGACAUUGAUGAGAGUUUAUUGGGUUUCGUUGGUCUGGUAGAGUAUGAAGCUUUAAUAAUGGGACUGGAAUUAUUAUUAGAAAGAGGAGUUAAAAAUGUAGAAAUUUUUGGAGAUUCACAGCUCGUAGUCCGUCAAGUAUCACUUGAAUAUAGGUGUGUUAGUAAAAAUUUAAGAAAGUAUUUCAAUGUGGCUACAGAGUUGUUGAGUAAAUUUGAUAAUGUCAUUGUAAGGCAUGUUCCAAGGGAGUUAAAUCAAGAAGCAAAUGAAUUAGCCCAAAUUGCUUCAAGAUAUAAGAUCAAGCCCUCAACACUAGAAAAAUUAGAAAGGAUAAAGGACAUAUUUAUGCCUUUGAGAGAAAGAGAAGUGUUGUCAUUAGAAAAACUAGACCCAGAAGAUUGGAGAGUACCAAUUGUGGAAUAUUUAAAAAAUCCAAGUCUUAGUGUCGAUAGAAAACUUAAAUAUAGGGCUCAAAGUUAUGUUCUAAUAAGUAAUGUCUUGUUUAAGAAAUCUGUUGAUGAAAACCUCUUGACAUGUUUGGGAGAAAAAGAAGCGUAUUUGGCUCUUGCUGAAGUGCACGAAGGAAUUUGUGGUGCCCAUCAAUCAGGGGAAAAAUGA